AUGGGGAACAGCCACUGCGUCCCUCAGGCCCCCAGGAGGCUGCGGGCCUCUUUCUCCAGAAAGCCAUCGCUGAAGGGAAACAGAGAAGGUAGCGCCAGGAAGCUACCUGGCCUGUUUGGCUCUGAGGCCAGCCCUGAUGGUGACACCGUGGCUGAAAAGAUCUUCCACUACAUCCCCGGGACGGACAUUCCCAGCCUGGAAAAUCAGCCAGAAAACCUAGAGCAGCCGUUCCUGAGUGUAUUCAAAAAGGGGCGGCAGAGGACACCUGUGAGGAACCUAGGCAAAGUUGUACACUAUUCCAAAGUCCAACUGCGGUUCCAACACAGCCAGGACAUCAGUGACUGCUACCUAGAGCUGUUCCCCUCCCACCUGUACUUCCAGGCCCAUGGUUCUGAAGGACUUACAUUCCAGGGGCUGCUACCACUGACAGAAUUGAGCAUCUGCCCAAUUGAUGGGUCCAGAGAGCACACCUUCCAGAUUACAGGCCCACUCCCUGCCCCGCUCCUUGUUCUCUGCCACAGUGAAGCAGAGCUCAGGCAUUGGCUCUACCACCUGGAGAAGCAAAUGGCCCUCAUGGGGGGUCUGCGGCGUUGCCACUCAGCACCCCCACAGGGUCCUCAGGGGAAUGAACUCUCCUGGACUCUGCAGUGCAGUCUGACCCAGCUUCAAAGAGCAUCAAGACAUGAAUUUAUGAGCAGUGCCAUCUGUGCUUCAAGGGUCAAGCUGCAAUAUCUGCCCUCCCAGGAGCAGUGGGACCGGCUCCUAGUACUGUACCCAGCAUCCCUGGCCAUCUUCUCUGAGGAGCCAGAUGGGCUUGGCUUUAAGGGGGAGCUUCCACUGAGUGCCAUCCAUAUCAACCUGGAAGAGAAGGAGAAGGAGAUCCGCUCCUUCCUAAUUGAAGGCCACCUCAUCAACACCAUUCGUGUGGUAUGUGCCAGUUAUGAGGAUUACAGUCACUGGCUGCUUUGCCUUCGGACUGUCUCUCGCAGGGAUGGGGCCUACCUGCUACCUGGCCCAGAGAGUUUCCUAGGACUUCAAGAACCCACACAGGUUAUGGGUGGAGACCAAGGUUCACUCUCUUCUGAUGGACAGACCAAAUGGAAAUUAGAGUGUCCACUGCCCCCUAACACCUGCACAAGCCACUCCCUCCCUGAGUCCUCAGUGCCAUCCUCUAUAAGCUGCCCUGCUCAUCCUGUACCUAACCAGGCCAACCCUAACUGUGCCAGCAUUGGCCGAAAGAGGACAGAGCUGAGGCGCAGCAGCAGCAACCAGUCAUCCAAGGGCAAGGCCCGAGAAGUACCUGGCCCAACUAUCCCACUGCCCCUGAACCUGGACCUGACCAAGGUAAAUGUGCUGGGCCUGGACAGUGGCACAGAGGCUCCAGACCACUCUUUGGAAAACCCACACUCCCCACUCUAUGCUGAUCCCUACACACCACCAGCUACAUCCCACCGCAAGAUCACAGAUAUCCAAGGCCUAGAUGAGUUCCUCAAAGUGAUGCAGACUUCAUCUGGACCUGAGCUAUCAAGGCCAUUCCCUUCAGUACCCGUGUCUGUGCCUGUCUCUGAUCCCAGCUCUGGAAUCUCCAGCUCCCCUGGGCCCCUCACCCCCCAUUUGCUCUCCAAGAAAGGUACCCUGCAUUCCAGAGCCUCCCAGAGACACCGGAGCUCCAUUAAGAGCAGGGGGCCAUGGCCCCCAGACUCCCCUCAGCUUGGAGAGGUGCUAACUUCCUACAGGCUGAUGCCUGACUUGCUUCUGUCUUCCCUACUAGAUGAAGAGGCUCCUGUCUGUGACAGGACUUCAUCUCCUUCCCACCAGAAGUGGCCACGGCUCAGAAGGCCUGCAGAGGAGGGGGGACUCAUCCAAUGGAUCUGA